CUGUGAGCGCUGCAACAUCCUGCCUGCCGUUUUAAUCCGCGCCUUAUCAUGACGUGUAUUUUAUAACCCCCCAACAAGAGGUGAAUUUCAGGACCCCCUCUCAGCACGACGCUCGCCCAUGUGCUUUGUGGUGCAAAGGGAAGUAAGGCAGUAAAAGUCCGGUUAGAGGCGGUGCUGCUUGUUGUGGUUCCGUUGGAAGAGGAUCUUUGCUGGGUGUUAGUGCAUCAGCGAGGAGGUUUGAUGACGUCGCAAGAAGAGAAGAUACUGACAGAUGAAAUGGCAAACUCAUCACCAGCAAAGAGUGUAGGUGACCCUGGUAUUACCCCACUUUCUCCUACGCAUAUUCAGCCCCAGCCCCAGCCCCAGCCCCAACCCUGUCUCUCCUCCUGGCUGCUGCUUAUAACAGAGCGACAGAAUGACACCAAUGACCAAGUCCCGUCAGGAAUGUCCUUCAUGGUGGUGGUGGCCAUUGACUUUGGCACCACAUCCAGCGGGUACGCUUACGCAUUCACCAAGGAGCCAGAGUGCAUUCACACCAUGAGGCGAUGGGAGGGUGGAGAUCCUGGCGUGUCCAACCAGAAGACCCCAACCACAAUCUUGCUGACUCCGGACAGAAAGUUUCACAGUUUUGGCUAUGCGGCACGUGACUUUUAUCACGACCUGGACCCCAGCGAGUCCAAACACUGGCUCUACUUGGAGAAAUUCAAAAUGAAGCUCCAUACUACAGCAAACCUGUCCAUCAAUACAGACCUCCAGGCAGCCAAUGGGAAGCGCGUGAAGGCUUUAGACAUUUUUGCUUAUGCACUGGCCUUCUUUAAGGAGCAAGCGCUGAAGGAGCUGAGUGAUCAGACUGGUUGUGAGUUUGACAACAAUGAUGUCAGAUGGGUCAUUACUGUUCCUGCCAUCUGGAAAAUGCCUGCAAAACAAUUCAUGAGGGAAGCUGCUUAUAAGUCUGGUUUGGUGUCACGUGACAACCCAGAGCAACUUAUCAUUGCCCUCGAACCCGAGGCGGCAUCAAUUUAUUGCCGCAAGUUACGUCUCCACCAGAUGGUGGACUUGAGCAACCAGACCAAUCAGAAUGGCUGUAGCCCAACGGACAAUGUGGGAACUGCCAUGACUCAAGCUUCUCCUGGCCACGCUAAGGAGCAUGUGCGGCGCAACCGGCAAAGUCGCACCUUUUUGGUGGAAAAUGUCGUAGGGGAGCUUUGGUCGGAGCUGGAAGAAGGAGAUCGUUAUGUUGUAGUGGACUGUGGUGGAGGGACGGUGGACCUGACCGUCCAUCAGAUUCGUCUCCCGGAGGGACAUUUAAAAGAGCUUUACAAGGCUUCUGGUGGACCAUAUGGCUCUCUAGGGAUCGACUAUGAAUUUGAGAAGCUUCUGUGUAAGAUCUUUGGACAGGAUUUCAUCGACCAGUUCAAAAUCAAGAGGCCGGCCGCUUGGGUGGAUCUCAUGAUCGCUUUUGAGUCACGGAAGCGAGCAGCAGCUCCUGGCAGGACCAACCCUCUAAAUAUCAACUUGCCCUUCUCCUUCAUCGACUACUACAAGAAGUUCAGGGGUCACAGUGUCGAGCACGCUCUUCGCAAGAGCAAUGUGGACUUUGUAAAAUGGUCAUCACAGGGGAUGCUGAGAAUGAGUCCUGAUGCCAUGAAUUCUCUUUUCAAGCCAACCAUUGAACACAUCAUUCAACACCUCAAUGAGCUCUUUGAGAAACCUGAGGUGUGCAACAUCAAGUUCCUUUUCCUGGUGGGAGGUUUUGCCGAGUCGCCGCUUCUCCAGCAGGCCGUCCAGAACAUGCUUCAGGGCCGCAGCCGCAUCAUCAUCCCGCACGAUGUUGGCCUCACCAUCCUCAAAGGUGCGGUGCUGUUCGGCUUGGACCCCAGCAUAAUCAAAGUCCGCCGCUCCCCGCUGACCUACGGUGUCGGUGUCCUCAAUCGCUUUGUGGAGGGCAAGCACCCGUCCGAGAAGCUGCUGGUGAAGGACGGCACGCGCUGGUGUACUGACGUCUUUGACACCUUCAUCUCCGCUGACCAGUCGGUGGCGCUUGGCGAGUUGGUGAAGCGCAGCUACACGCCGGCCAAGCCCUCCCAGCAGGUCAUAGUCAUCCAUGUCUACUGCUCCGAGAAGGAGAGCGUGGGCUUCAUCAGCGAGUCCGGCGUCAAGAAGUGCGGAACCCUUCGCCUGGACGUCAGCGGAACGGAAAGCACGGCCCCGCGCCGUGAAAUCCAGACGCACAUGCAGUUUGGUGACACGGAGAUCCGGGCGAUGGCGGUUGACGUGUCCACUGGGCGCACGGUCAAGGCUAGUAUUGACUUCCUUAGCCAUUAAGCUUAUUUUCACAUGUAUGCUAGCAACAAAACACAUCUUACACACUUUCCGUUACUUCAUCCUUUAACCAAUACUUAAAUGUUACGUUGAUUAAUGAUCAAUUAUAGCACGACGCCACAAGAAAAUUAGAUUGAAAACAAUGCUAGAAUGUUUGCGUGCUCUGCUAACAGCUUCAUGUGUCAAGCAGGAAAGAAAAACAUGUUUUGCUGCGUAUACAGUAAAUACUGUCUUCUAUGAUCACGUUACACUUAAUUACAGAAAGGGAAAGCUGGACAUAAAAACGGUCACAUGACAUCAUGACAUGACAAACAUUGCUGACAGUUAGCAUAUUUACUAUAAUUUAUUUGGAAAUAGUGCAAAAAAAUACGGAUCUUCCUUUUAAAUGAAGCUGAGUUGAGUCUUAAGUAUCGAGCAUAUUUACUGUUUUUGGUGCACACAAGUCAGACGCUCCAAGAUUUUGUUUUAAUUUUGAUAGCGCUAAUUCAAACUCGUAACUUUGUCCAAUUAACUUCUCCUUACAUUUUGGCCAGACGUCGUUGUUUUGUGUCGCUCAACUGUCUAACACUUUAGCCAAUGCUAAGCUUGCUGACAUUAGUUGCAUUAACAACUAGAAAAUUACUACUGCUCUAACUCCCGUGUAAUCAAUUGUUCCUUAUCAUAUUUCUGACAUCUCCUGAAAGUUAUAUAAAAAUAACUAACUGCAAAGUAGUUAGUAGAACUCUGACUGACAGGAUUGUAAGGCAUUUUCUAUGACAUUAGCAACAUCACUCAAAGGUUAUGAGCAAAUGUUGAUAAAACCUUCUGGAAAUGUCAGAAAUGAUUGGGAAAUAAUAUUAUUGAGAGGUAGGAUCUGGCAGAGUUCUGUGCUCUCCAAUUGCUUUUCUAUUUAUGUGCUCAAUAUUACAAUUAAGCUAUCAUGUCUGUUUACAAAAUGCGAAGGAAGGAAUACAUAAUUUAUAUUUAUAUCACUUCAUCACACACGCUAACAUAAAAGUACUGGUCAAAAAUCAAAAUGGCUGCCAACCUGCGAAAAUGGUUACUUUUUACUGUUACGCUUGUGUGGCACUUUAGACAGCUUUGAUUUAUUUCUCAGGCGUAUACAGUAUUUAUGUCCAUGCAGAAUUCAAAUUUAUUUUUUAUAAAUGUUUUGUCUUUUUUAGGAUGGGUUUCAUGGUUAGCUUAACACAGCAGUUACACAGUCAAGAAGCCGUCGUAUUGCUCACUCACACACACUCAAACACACAGACACAUACACCCCUCACAUUUUCUUGCCUUCUUUGUGCUCAUCCUGUCACCAGCCAUGACACAUUAACAGCCUCACCAACAUAGUACACAAUACUUAUGGGCCUGAUUUACUAAGAUCCAAACAACGCGCAGUAAACUGCACGUGCAAACAAUAAUAAUUGCGUGUUACUAAGUACAUUUGCGUAUACUAUACGGUGGAUCACCACGGAGACACUCAUCUACUGCACAUUCAUGUUAUUAUGCUCCCUGUGGCGAUUUGCUAUGUUUUCAAACAAGCAGGAGACAUAUAUCACUUUUAUGGGCAUUUUAGAAGCAGUCAUGCAGUGCAUCUACAUUGACACCACUGCACUUACGUGCUCAAAACACAAAAGAAAUAUUUUGUCAUAUACAUUCUAAGUAAAAAAAUCAUUACAAAACAUUAAAUGAUGCAUCAAUUGAAUUUGUUUCAACCAGCCUCUUAAGUCCUCUCGCAGAUACAAAAUGAUGUUUCUGAAUAGGCAAUAUUUCUAAAAUGAUUCAUUUCUGAACGUCCAAAAUGUUGACACACGCAUGUGACGGAGUAUUCUCGUCUGUCUGUGCAGCGCACGAUCUUGCAGCCGUGUGUGGAAUUGUCAGUUUCUGACACGUGCUCAAUAGAACACAGAAUAGUCCUCACAAUACAGUGAUGAGUGUUGACAAAUCACAUUGUGUGUGCUAAAUAAUGAUAUUUGCAUCUUCUCUUCCCUGUAUUGCAGGCGUUUUGAUAAUCAGCAUAUAUUUUGCAUAUUACUGAAGACAGGGACGCUAAUUGUAUUUCACACCUUAUUCUUCUCACUUAACAGACACAAUCCACUUUGCACACAUUUAGUAGAUCAGCUAUGCUUGUGCUGUCAAGUUUGCACUUGUUUUACUACAUGCACACUUUGAGUAAACCAGGACCCUAGAGACGGAAGUAUUCAAUGAAAGUGCAGCAUGCUGUAAGCUUUAAUUGGCUUCUGCUUCCGCUUCCAUCGAUGAUAUCAAAUACAAUCGACAUCCAUAUUUUCUGUACAUACGCUAUUUAAAUUUUGUACAAAUACUUAGCAUCCUGUUAAUUGUAGCUAUCAUUGAGAGUGUUAGUGGGUUAGUGCGUGUUUUACUUUUCAUAUAUGAACAUAUCAGCCACUGUGACAUCUCAGCACAACAAACAUAAUUCAUUCAACAUAUUCUAUUCAUCAAUGUUACGACCUCCUUUGCACCUUUACAUUUUUAUAAACUCCCUAUUUUCUACUGAACUUAUUUUAGUAUUCGUUUCUACAUUCAAUUAAGCAUAUUUUAUUGAUAAUUUUGACACUCGAAAAUAUUUAGAAAAUCAUUCCGUUAUUUAUAACAUUUUAAUAAUCACUCCUUCAUUAAAUUAAGCAUAUUUAAAAAAAUCAUUCUGACAUAAGUCAAGAUGUUUGAUAAUAUUCCCACAUCAAAUUGAACAUAUUUAAAAAAAAAUAUUCCUACAUUAAAUUGAAGUUUACAAAUGUGUUUCCAAUAUAGACAAAGGCGUAACUAACUAACAAAGAUGCUCAAUGUGACAACCUACCUACAAAAAUUAAACUUAACCCAUUGUGGGGUCUGGUAGAAAAAUAUUUUUCAAAAGGCAAUCAAGUUGACAUAACUUAUAUACUCAUAUUAAACACAUAUUUAUUAGUGUGUAGAAACACCGCCAUCUGGCGGCGAGAUGACGAGUGUGACGACCAACAUAUUUGACAAUAAACCCCUUCGACCCUCCUCGGUCUACCUAUAAGUUCUGUUCUUUAUGUUAUAGUCUAAGUCAGUCUUACUGUAAGCAGAACAAUUGGAGGACUUAAAUACAUUUUAAAAAUAGUCAUGGAAAUAUAAUGGUAAUGAAAAAAAAAGUACCUUAUAAAUCCCAACAAUCUUUUUUUUUUUGUUACUCAAGCACCUGUUUAAAAGCAUCCCUAAAAAUAGACCUUUUAUGCACUCACACGAAAUGUGCUUCCUGAAGUAGAGGAUUGAGGUAGAACAAUAGAAGUACGCCCACGUGCGACCUGAAAGCAAAGCCUUUAUUGCGCUUUAUGGGCGUUCAUGUUAAUCACCUGCAUGUUUAAAGUACCAGUAUAAUGCAAAAACAAGUUGCCUCUCUAUUCAAGCGAUUAUCAUCUAUAUAUGAUUUAUAAAACUUAAAGACUUACAAAGUUUGCUAAAAAAAAAAAAAAAAAAAAAUCAUUACAAUAAUAUCAAUCUAAUGGAGAUUCCCAAGUCACUUUGACCAGUCACGUGAUCCGUGACAGACCUUGGGGGAACCACCAUUCCGUUCAACAUUGACAAACCUACUACUCACAACAUAUUUCAUCAGAGCCUACAGCGAUUAUUUUGGGACUAAUUAUGAUCCACUACCUUUUAUCCUGAAAACAAGGAGGAUGAGGAGCAAGUUUUAAAACAGACUGCAAAACGUUUCUAUUGAAACAAUUACUGGACAAUGUCCACUGCCACAAAUUCUCGUUGAGAUGAACAAAUAAUCACAAUCCUCACCAAGGGAACGCGGAUGCCAUAUUUUGAUUGAAUAUCAGUUUUGCUGUGAGGAUGCCGAGAGGAUCAAAUGAAAGUUGGGGUGUACAGUUAUGUAAUAUCGCUGUAACCCGGUAACCACUCGUUCUAUUUACAUCGAUAUUUGGAGAUUGUUCUGCACUCCUUUUUUCAUGCCCUAUUGAGCAGAGUGAUGCUGCCUGGAGGCAUUGCCGGUGAACAGCGCCUUCUCUGGUUGCUGCCAAGUAGUGCCCUCCAUUUGACAAGUCCACAAGAAUAAUUGAUGAUGCUCCUCAAUCGUUUGUCAAUUCAACAAUCCUUUCAUCUUUAUCUUUCAAUGCCUCAGCUUGACAAUUUUAAAGGUCAGACUAGAUUGAAAAGCGUGCGUGUUGCAGCACAAACAAGUCGAAUGAUGCAACUGUGAAAUUAAAUAUGACUUGCCAAUAAAUGAUUUCUAUUAAUAAGCUAUUCAAGUAUUAUUUAACAUGUGUAUGCUCAUAUAGACUAAACAAGAAGAGGAAUGCAUUGAUUUCUAUAGGUUGCACUUUUUAAUGUAUUGUACUGCUAAGCUAUGGUCAAAGUAAAUGAGCUGUUGAGCAAACAUUAGCUUCCAGUGUAGCAUUUGACACUGUAACAUUCGAAUGUUUUGUCGGUUACGAGGUCUGAAUGGCCUUAAAGUAGUAAACCAACAUAACUAAUUAUGUAUCUGCUCCACACUGUGUACAAUAUCAAUAAAGCAAGCGCUUGUUCAACUUAUUACGAACAUCUCAGUGAAUGUACUCCAUGUAGAUAUUGUUUUCUUUUCAAACCUCACCUUUGCUAUCGUAUAUUCUAAUCAAUGCCACUGACUGAUCAAUAAAAUGUAUUUCAAUCA